AUGUCGAUAACUCAAGUUUACAAUUGGUAUAAAUUUUUCAAAAAGGGGCGAGAAAAAGUAAACGAUUUGCCACGUUCAGGACGGCCUUCGACCUCUUCAACUGAAGAAAACGUUGGCAAAAUAAAUAAAAUGGUUCGCGAAAAUCGUCAUUAUAGUUUGCGAGAGAUAACCCAAAUAAUGGACAUGACUCAUGAGAGCGCUCGUCAUAUUUUGGUUGAUGUUUUGGGUAUACGGAAAGUCGCACCGCGAUUUUUGCCAAAAGAUCUGAAUUUUCUUCAAAAAGUGAAUCGCAGUAAGGUGACUGAAGACAUGCUUAAGCGCAUAAAUUCCGAUCCAACGUUCAUCGAACGCAUCAUAACUGGUGACAAGACAAGGUUUUUCGAGUACGACAUUCAAACAAGUCAACAAUCAUCGGAAUGGUGCGACAAAAAUGGGCCGAAAUCGAAAAAACCGUGCCAAAGCAAAUCGCAAAUCAAGGUGAUGCUGACCGUUUUCUUCGAUAUUCGUGGUGUUGUUCAUUCGGAAUUCUUACCGGAGGGCAAAACAGUCAAUAAAAAAUAUUAUCUUGGCGUUAUGGAGCGUUUGAUAGAGAAUGUUCGUCGCAAAAGACCAGAUUUGUGGCGGAAUAACGGUUGCAUUUUGCAUUACGAUAAUGCACCAGCGCACAAAGCGAUCAUUGUGAACGAGUUUUUAAACAAAAAUUCAACAAAUAUCAUCGAACAACCACCGUACUCUUCAGAUGUGGCCCCGUGUGACUUUUUCCUGUUUCCAAAACUCAAAUUACCACUUCGUGGAACCCAUUUCGAGAGCAUUGAAGACAUAAAAACGAAUUCGUAA